GCUCCAGGGGUGUAUUUUCCCAAAUGUUUUUUUGGACUUUUAGCCACUUUCAAAUGAAUCAAUGGGGUUCCACGAAAGAAAGAAGAAAGAAGCUUUUUAAGUCAGGGCAAUGGGGAAAGCCACAACCUCUCUCUGGACAAAGGCAGAGACCAUUGCCCUACUACUUGACAUAGAAGCGACUCCACUGGUUUUUCGAAAAGCAGUAAACUAUGAGAGACCUUGAAGCGGUGACUCCAACCACAUGAUCCACAUAGCUCCUGUGGCAAGGUCUGAUCACUCUAGGCCAAAAGAAUUAGGAAAAAAAAAGAUGCUUUUAGAGCUCUUCACAAGAUUAAUUAGUAAUAAAACUCAGUUGUCAUCGGUUUGUCCUGCUUGAUUUUUUAUUUUUCUUAAUGUUUUUCCUCUGCAGUAAUAGGAACCUUGCUUUGGCUUUUCUGCAUAGCAUCAGUAUACCUUAUGCACCACUGUUUACAAACAGGGAAUCAUUAUCUAUUUCCAUACAUGUUGAAGUGAGAAAUUUGACAGGUUCGUGUCGCCAUGAAGGAUAAGAAAUAAAAAGCACAUUCUUUCUAUGUAGUUGGCAGUCUUGAUCAAGAACAACCCAACAAGAAACUGUAGCAAAUACUUUUUUUUAAGUCUUUAACCCACCAAAAAGCAGAGAUCAGGGGAGAGAAUACUUGAGUAUCACUCAUACCACUUCGGUUGAUCCAAGCUCAUCCCUCGGAAGGUCAUCAGUGGGGCAGUCCACCUCGCGCUGUGCUCUCUCUUUCUCUCCCUCUCUCUUUGUACAGCAUCUGAGGGGGCACCAAGUCGAGCACAAAGACAUGCAGCGCCUAUCUUGCUUAGCUAAGAAAGCUUACUGGACAUAAUUGAAGGGUAAACUGAUUGGAUAAAUACAUCAAAGAAGAGAAGAAGAAGAAGAAGAAGAAGAGGGUCGGGGGUUUAAGCCCAUGGGUGGCAGAGUCAUCUACUCCCUAAUGUUUUGCUUACUCGGUCUCUUCCUUUCUUCAUCAGGUUCAAGUGUUACAAAAAGGUCAGCAAAUGAGAAUAGUGAACGAGCAGGCCAUGGAUCAAAACAGGUUGUAGUCCUUGUGAAUUCUAUUUCCGGCAGCCAAAAGGACAUCACAACCCCGAUAACCACUGUUCCCACAAUAAUUCCCACCACAUCGACUCCCCUGAUAAACCCAAAUUCAGACCCCGAUUCCACAUCGCCCGCUACCAUUACGCCAAUGGUAACCCCAACGUCAACAACAACACCUGUGUCUCCAGGAGCUAGCUGGUGUAUUGCUAGCCCAAGUGCAUCACCAACAGCGUUACAAGUUGCUUUGGAUUAUGCUUGUGGCUAUGGCGGUGCUGAUUGCUCAGCAAUUCUACCUAGUGGAAGCUGUUACAAUCCAAACACUGUUCAUGACCAUGCCUCCUAUGCAUUCAACAGCUAUUAUCAGAAGAAUCCAGUGCCUAGUAGCUGUAAUUUUGGAGGAACUGCUGCUACUACUAGCACUAAUCCAAGUACUGGGACAUGUCAGUUUCCUUCCACUAGCACAAGCUCGUCGGUCUUGAACACAACAAACUCAAAUGGCGCAACUGUUUAUGGUGCAGUGCCUUCGAAUCCUGCCCCAUCGGUAGCUACCAAAAUUAACGAGAAACCACAUUUUAUGUCUCUGACAUUUAUCAUUUUGUUGCUGGCUAAAUUAACAUCAACUCCGGGCUACAGGGGAUAAACUCACUCGAUUUGUUGCAUUUAUCAUGUUGCUGGCUAAAAAUGUCGAUCUCUGACAUUUGUAGAUGGUGCUAUACUGAUCUGUUGCUUGCCCUGCUUGCUAGCUAGUCUAUGCUUUUUAGAAGACUAGUGAGCAGCUCAUGUGCAGGAAUGCUGAAUGCUAUGGGGCAUAAUCUCAUGCCUUACUUUUUUGGUUACGAAUUGUAUUUGAUCUGUAAAUUAGUUGCUAGUAGUGAUCAUAUGAAGGGAGGUGGUGUAGAGAAAGAAAUUGCAUUUUGAUGGUGGAGGUUUUUUGUGCUGGUAGAAACAAGCAAGAGGAACUUGCUCUUCUUUU